AUGACGAGUAAAAGGAAGAGGGAAUUGUUGGAUUUCGACCACAACAAAUCUGAUUCAGAAGACGAGAACUUUGAGCCUGAGGUAGAGACUCGCCGGGGCAAGAAACGAUCGCGACAUCUUCAAGGGCGGACCAGGCGGGGCUCGGGCACUGGCAAACGAAGGAUUGGCCGUUACGAGGGCACCGAUAUUGAUGAUGAUGAAGAGGUUCUUCAAGAUAGCCAGGACGACGGCUCUUUCGAUGAAGAAUCUGAGGUAGAUGAUGAUGACGAAGACCAGCCCGUGAACGCCGCUGGGCGUCGAGCGCGCAAGGUAACCAAACAAAUAAGUUAUGCAGAAAGCAGCGAGCAAGAUGAAGGCGAUGCUGCCGACGAUGACGCCGAUGAGCUGGCAAAGACACCACGCGGCAAAGCUAAAUCCAAAAUCAUACGCCUCAAGGUCCCUAAGAUCCCCCUCGACGCGACCUACCCGAAGGGCAACUCGGGCACGGACGGAAGAGGGUUGAAGAAAAUGCCUGAGCCGAUUGAAGAGGCUACUCAGGAGAGCAGCUCUCGCGAGACUCAGGUUGAAGAUAAGGACGAACCUCGAGAGUCUGUGGAGGGCAAGGAUAUCGGGGAAGAGAUACAAGAACAGGCUGAAGAGCCAGCCCUCGAAGAGAAAGCUGAGGUCCUAGCUGAGCCGCUAGAUGCUGAGGUGAAUGUAGCAGAAGAUGGCGCAGAAGACGGAGAUGACGCAGAAGAUGAAGAUGACGAUGAUGGUCCUGUAAUGCGCACAAGAUCGACUCGCCGCAAGAACUCCACCACCACCGCUCAAGAACUUGAGCAGACACCCGAGGACAAUUCAGGAAUGCGACGGCUACGGCGGAGAUCCAGCCGGCGAAAAUCCGUUCAGGAGCCCAGUAGCGAUUUUGAGCCUGGCGAUGAGUCAGACGGCGCGGAGUCCGUUGCUGCUGGCGGCGAUGCAGAGGAUGCCGGUUACGAUAGUCCAACACCAAGGGGACGCCGGUCUAGCCGUAACAAGCGCAGACCCGCCAAAUCUUCGGUACGAGAUGAUUCAGCAGAUGAGGUGGAACUUGAUCAGGACGAGCUCGCCGAGGAGUUGCAAGAGCUUCGGCAAGACUCCAGGCCUCGUCGGCGGCGUCGCUCCCCGUCCAUCGUUUAUCAAGAACCCAAGAGACGCCGCGCGACAGCCAAGCCCGUCAGCUACUAUCUUCCGCCCCUCACUGCCGCAGCCAUCGAAGAAGACGAGCCCGAAGACCCUGCACCGACUCCAGCCCGCCGCCGGGGCGCUCGUGGAGGUGCUGGCUUAGCGUGGGAACGACCGCUCAACACCGCGUACGGCCCCUUUGGUGGGGGUGGCGGAGCCGGCUCCCUGCUUAAUGGGCCCUGGGGGACUGGAGCUGCCGGUGGUGUUGACUCUGAUAGCAGUGACGACGAGAUGGUGAUGCGUUCCAACGUGGCUGGCAAUGCCUUUGCCGACGCUGACCCUCUCGGGGUGAACAUGAACGUCAACUUCAGCCAGGUUGGCGGCCUUGAGGGGCACAUCGAUAAACUCAAGGAGAUGGUACAGCUGCCGCUCUUGUACCCCGAACUCUUCCUCAAGUUUCAUGUCACACCCCCUCGCGGAGUUCUCUUUCAUGGACCCCCUGGCACUGGUAAAACUCUCCUCGCCCGAGCCCUAGCCAAUUCGGUAAGUUCAGGAGGCAAGAAAAUCUCGUUUUACAUGCGCAAGGGCGCAGAUGCUCUGAGUAAAUGGGUUGGUGAAGCAGAGAGGCAGCUGCGACUGUUAUUCGAAGAGGCUCGCCGCACGCAGCCAAGCAUCAUUUUCUUUGAUGAGAUCGACGGUCUCGCCCCCGUCAGGUCGAGUAAGCAGGAGCAGAUCCAUGCUAGUAUCGUCUCUACCCUCCUUGCCCUGAUGGACGGCAUGGAUGGGCGUGGACAAGUCAUUGUGAUUGGCGCCACGAAUCGACCUGACAACAUUGAUCCGGCUCUUCGACGUCCCGGCCGUUUUGAUCGGGAGUUCUACUUCCCUCUUCCCGACAAGGACGGCAGACGUGCCAUCAUCGACAUCCAUACAAAGGACUGGGGACUUGCGGAUACCUUUAGAAAUGCCCUCGCCGAGCGGACCAAGGGUUAUGGCGGUGCUGACCUCCGCGCCCUCUGUACUGAGGCUGCCUUGAACUCGAUUCAGCGCGCCUACCCGCAGAUCUACUCCUCUCAGGAAAAGCUGAUUGUCGACCCUGAUAAGAUCGCUGUCCACGCCACAGAUUUUAUGCUCUCUAUUAAGCAGAUGGUACCCUCCUCUGAGCGCUCUACCACUUCCGGAGCCGCCCCUCUCCCCCAGGGCAUCGAACCUCUACUUCGUGAACAAUUUGCCGCCGUCAAAGUAGCCCUUGACGAGCCUAUGGAACAAGUCAUCGUUGGCCAGUUCACAGAAAUCAAGAGACACAAGCCGAGCGUCAUAUUUAUUCCUAAUAUUGAGACAUGGUACGCUUCGCUACGAGAUAGCCUAGCCAUGAUCACAUUCCAGACUAUGCUCCGGGCGAUCCCACCAACAGACCCUGUUUUACUUCUCGCUACCUCUGAGAGCGAGGUUGAGGAUCUACCCCGAGAGCUUCUCAAAGAUCUCUUCGGGUAUUCACGGAAGAACCGGAUUGAAAUCGAGCGCCCCGAACAGCCAAACCGACGAGAAUACUUCUCUGCCAUUAUCAAUUAUGUCAGGAUGAACCCCAGCGAGUUCCCCGAUCCUGCUAACCGGAAGCGGCGCGUUCUUGAGGAGCUCCAGGUCGCGCCACCCCCACCUCCCAAGGUACCGUCCAAGGCGGAAAUGAAGGCGCUUGAGAAGCGCGAUCGUCAGCUACUCAAUAUUCUUAAAGUGCAGCUGCAGCCGAUCAUGGACCAAAUCAACAGAAAGUACAAGAAAUUCAGGCAACCAGUCAUUCCCUUUGCCCAGCUCACAUAUCUAUAUGCCGAGGCGGAUCCGAACUACGUACGACCGGACCUGGCGGAAGGCGAGGUGCGGCCAUUCGAGAUUGUCAAAGAUAAGCAUGGAAACGAUGUCCUCCAGGAGACUACAACGGGGAACAUCUUUUACAAUCUUGAGACGACAACCAUUGAGGAAAGGCUCUCGAACGGUUUCUACUGCCGGCCCAAAGACUUCUUGUUCGAUAUUAAAGCCCUGGCGAAAGAUUCGCGAAAUAUUGGAGACAAGGAGCGGACACUAAAGGCAAACGAGCUUGUUUCGAAUGUCGAGGUUGACGUAGCCAAUGUCGAGCACGCGACUAGCAAUGUCGACUGGGAAGGACUCUACCAAAGACAAGUGCACCGCGCUAAACGAACCUCGGAGAGGGAGCGGAAGAGGCUAGCACUCCAAUCGAUUGUAGAUGUCGUUCAAUCGGAUAUCACAACUGAUAGCAACUCCCCAAUGCAAGGGCCUGUCCUUGCAGGAGAGCCUGUUCCGGGGAGCCGAACCACCAUGGCCCGAUUCCAGGUCAUGAGCCCCGGGCCCAACGGUAACGGUGUGACGUCAGCCACGGAACCAGUCGAAACUGCAAGGCGGGAAAUGCAGCCGCCUCCGCCAUCGGCGCGGCGCUCGAUCCAGACAGAAAGUGCCAGCGCGGGUGUAGUAGCUACGCAGGUAUCGCAACUGUCGGCAGUCACGUCGGUGCCGCCAGGUGUCUCUCCGUCGGCCAUAAUUAACGAUGCGUCGACGACCAAAACAUCCGACCCUUCAAACAAGUCAUCCAACUGGAGCACCCAGCUGACCAACGGAUACCACGACCAAUCAUCAGGAGCAGGCGAACAUGAGAACUCGCAGAUGCCCGAUACGCUCCCGGUUAGUCAGGGCCCUUCGAGUGGCGAGUCGUGGAUGCACUCCCAGGUGCAAGCGAUGGGUUCCGAGGUGCUGCGGGUCAAUUCGAUUCUGACGGAGAGCCCCACGUCUUCGGGAUCCCGUGUCUCGCUGGUGCGCAAACCCAAUCACCUAAGUUCCAACACCAACACCAACGAAACACAGGGUGAGGAUGCAUCACAGUCGGUUAGACACUCUGGGUCGUCGUCUCAGCAGCCCACCAUCCUCCCCGAGGGCCAAGUAAACGACUUUCUUGCCGACCUAACGGAGCGGACAUCGGGAUGCACAAUAGAGCAACUAGAGCAGAUUAAUCGGGAGCUGAUGGAAGAGAUCUGGAGGACGCGAAGCGAAUGGAACAGGAUGCUAGUGCUGAACAGCGUUACCAACGUUUUCAAUGACACCAUUGGAGAUAUCGAGAGCACGCAGGGGCUCCUUCAGUCGAGCCAGGACCAGGAAAGGCUAUAG